AUGGUGCCCACACCAACCUCAGAGGUGCGUCAGAGCAACCGCCCUGAGUGUGAGGCCGCGGUCAACAACCACGCCGCCCUGGAGUUCCACGCCUCGUUCCAGUGCCUGGCCGUGGCCUUCUACCUCAACCGUGAUGACAUGGCCCUGAAGCAUUUCUCCCGCUUCUUCCUGCUUGGCUCCCAUGAGCACAGCAAGACAGCGGAGAGCCUGAUGUUCCUGCAGAAAGAGCGUGGGGGCCGCGUCUCUUUCCUCGGCAUCAGAAAGCCCGAGAGCCAAGAGUGGGAGAGCGGGCUCCAGGCCCUGCAAGACACCCUGCACCUGGAGAAGUGCGUCAACCAGAGCCUGCUCGACCUGUACCAGCUGGCCAUUGAGAGCUGCGACGCUGACCUGUGCCACUUCCUGGAGACCGGCUACCUGGACCAACAGGUCAAGUUUAUCAAGGAGUUAGAGGACCGUGUCAGCAACCUGAGCAACGCGGGGUCCCCGGAAGGCGGCCUGGCGGAUGACGUCCUUGACAAGCUUACCCUGGGCCAUGGCGACAAGGAGGACUGA